AUGAGCAGCCCCACAAGUCGAGGGGCGGGCUGGCAGGAGCUCAAGGACGAGGCGUCGGGCCAGGCCUACUACUACAACUCGCACACCGGCGAGACCACCUGGACCACGCCACCCGAGCUUCAACAGCAAGCGACACCCAAGAACGAGUGGUGGGAACUAUUCGAUGCCAGCCGCGGCCGGCCCUAUUUCUACAAUCCCUCGACCCAACAGACCGUCUGGGAGGCCCCACCCGGUGUUACGCCGCUGGUGAUCGUGCCCGAGAGCGGAGGAGGCGCGGCGGCCAACGGCGGCCAAUGGAACGAAGUGGUGGACCUCAAGAGCGGGCUAACCUACUACGUCAACAGCGCCACCGGCCAGAGCUCGUGGGUCAAGCCCGGCUCCGGCAGCCAACAGGCCGCGCCUCCUCCCCCGAGCCUGGGCAGCGACGAAUCCGUCGUCGUGCCUCCUCGACCCCGGGUGACGAUCACCGUCGACGAACCCGCUUCGCCGGUCAGCAUUCCGCCACGACCAAAGAGCGUCAUGGUGCGCAACGGGGCGCCGUCUUCGGGCAACCGCCACACCGUGGCCCUGGGCAAGGGCGGCGGCUUCGCGCAGAGCAACAACAUCCCGCCGCCCCUCCCCAGACCAACCAUCAACUUCGCCAUGGACGACAUCGAUGUGGAGGAGCUUCAUCAACACGACGCCAACCCUGGCGCUCUCGACGAUUCGACGAUUCAGCCGACCUCGCAGCAGCAGCAGCAGGCCCCUGGUAGUGGUGGCCACUCGCCGCCGUCGGCUGCUGCCUCGCCGCACCUCGCGGGCCACGUUCACCACCACACGCACGGCCAGCCGCAGCUCGUCCACCCGCACCAUCAUCAUCAGCAGCACCAGCACCAGCAUCAACACCCGCACCACGACAUGGCCGCCAUGCAGCAGCACCACCAGCACAUGGCCGCCUUUCAACAGCAGCAGCAACACCAGCAGCACCACGUCGGUGUCCAGCAACAGCUCCCGCACGGCCAGCAGCAGCAGUUCCACCCGCACCAUCAGCACCAGCACGUCCACCCGCAGCUCCAUCCGCAGUACGCGACGGCCGAUGGCGGCCAAUCCAUCCCUUCUUCCUACUGUUGA